UUCGGAUUGGUGCCCACUCCGGAUGAUAACCCGCAAAAAAGCGACCGCGUGCGCGAGUCACGCCAAAUCCAUCAUCGUGUGGAAGCCUAGCUAGAAAAGAAUAAGCAACAGACUUGCGGGCCUCAGAAGGGAGGGAGAGAAACCAAGAUGCGAUAGCCGAAGGGGGAGAAGACUCCAGAGCAGCGACCACAGGCACCAACAAAUUUCGAGCCCGCCCGAUCCUCAUUCCGUCCGCGCCUCUCCCGCAGAAGAGGGCGCCCGGCGCACCGCAGAGCAAUGGUGAAGAAGAAGCCGUCCGGGCCCAAGAAGCCGCCCCGGGCCACAACCCCCUCGCCCAGCACCGUCUUACCCGGCCCCUCUACCUCCGCGGCGACCACCCUCGGCUCGAUCAAGCGAGCCGCCGCCGCCGCCGCCGCCGCGACAGACAGCCGGGCGGCGCGGGAGGACGAGGGCGCGCAGCUGGCGGCGCAGCAGCGGGUGCUCGACGCGUUCGCGGCGGCGUUCGGGGGCGCGCGGGCGGACGGCGAGGCGUUCGCGGCGACGCUGCAGCGCGUGAAGCAGGCGCUAUACGAGCGGGACUUCGACGCGGCGUUCGCGGGGGGGCCGGCGCGGCGGCGCGAGGUAUACGCGGCGCGCUGGAGCCCGCCGCGCGCGCUGGCCUACGCGCGCCUGCUGCGCCGCGUCCACGCGCACCUCGCGCCGCUGUUCGCCGACGAGCACGGCGCGGAGGGCGAGCGUGGGCCAGAGGGGGAGACGAGCGGUGGAGCCGCACAGGGAGACGCAGCCGCCACGCCGACGAUCGGAGAGGCGCUGCCGCAUGCCGCCGACGUGACACAAGAAGACCGCGCUAGCGCCCCCGCCCGCACCCUCAGGGUCCUCGCGAUCGGCGGCGGCGCCGCCGAGAUCGCUGCCCUGGCCGCGUACCUGGCCGCGGGCGACGACAGCGCCGCCGCCGUCGACGUCACGCUGCUCGACGCCGGGCCGUGGGACGCCGUGGUGCAGGCGCUGCACGCGGCGCUCACGGCGCCGCACGGGCCCGUCGUCGCGCCGGCGUCGCGGCUGCGCGCGGUCUUCGUGCAGCGCGACGCGCUGGAGCUGGGACGCGCGGAGCUGGGCGCGCUGCUGGCCCCGGCGGGGCGGCAGCGGCCGCGGCCGGUGCUCGUCACGCUGCUGUUCGCGCUCAACGAGCUGUACGCGUCGGCGGGCGGGGUGCGGCGCACGACGGCGCUGCUGCGCGCGCUCGGCGCGGCCGCGCCGCCGGGCUCCCUGCUCCUCGUCGCCGACAGCCCCGGCAGCUACGCCGAGACCGCCGUCGGCCCCGCCGCCCGCCGCUACCCCAUGCGCUGGCUGCUCGACCACACGCUGCUGCGGCGCGGCGGCGGCGGCGACGCGGGGGGCGGGGAGGCGGCUGGCGAGGGGGUGGGAGAGGGGGAAGAAGAGGGCGCCGACGACGACGACGACGACGAAGACCACAGCAGCUGCGCCUGGGACAAGCUCGAGUCCCACGACUCCGUCUGGUUCCGCCUCCACGAGAAGCUCCGGUACCCGAUCGCCCUCGAGGAUAUGCGCUACCAGAUGCACCUCUACCGCGUCUCUCACCACCAUCAUCGCCGACGACGCGGCGGCGGCGACGCGACGACAAUAUCUGAGGUCCUCAGCCCAAAGUAGGCAGAUAGGUAGGUAGGUAGGUGCGAGCACAGGCAGUUAGGUACCUAGGUAUGUAGCUGGUUAAGUAAUAUGCGAUCAGAGUUACCCAAUAAAAGAGGUCGUAUCCUAGCGACACGCACGCUUUCUACCUAUAUACAUACAAAUUGUCUGUCUCGUCGCCUGGGUAUACCUACAC